UAUACAGUGUAAGUAGAAAAACUAUUUUCUCUUUCUCUUAACCAAUUACUUGGGUUGGUGUAUAUAAGCUCUAAUAUAUUACCUGGUGAGUGGCACAGACUCUUCUUCAAUACAAAAAAUCCUUGAAAAGGUUCCAACUUCUACUUUUUCUCUGAAAAUUCUACCCCAUUUUCUCCCCCAUCAAGAAAGCCAUGGUGUCUUGGGUCCCCGAUGAGACCGGCCUCAAGCCAUGGCAGCAAGAGGUGGCCGGAGGAGAGUAUUUCAAUUACUCGGGGGCUGUGGCUGCGGGCGGUGGUCCUCGGUGGCAAUGAAGGGAUAGUAGCAGCUGCAUUCUUGGUCAUGGGAGUAGGAACUUUCGUGCAUGAUAUGAAGUCUCUCAUCAUUGCCGGACUCGUCGGAAUAGUUGCCGGAGCUUUAAGCACGGCAGUGGCAGAGUUUGCUUCAGUCUGUACUCAGGUUGAUACAGUGAAGGCACAAGAAGAUAGAGAUACAAGAAUGGGGAGAGAAGGUUUAGCCGAAAGAGUGGUGGUCCCGAGUCCAACUCAGGUGGCUGUGGCGGCUUCACUGGCGUACAUGAUCAAGAAUUUCUUGCUAAAAUUUAAUGUACUUGAUGAACUAAAAAUGAAGUAAGAAAUAUGUUAUACAUAAAUAAUUUCUGUAUUUGAGUUUUUCUACUAUUAGACACCGAUGUAUAUAUUCUACCUAAAUUAUUAACGUGAAUUCUUCUGUCUUUGUGUCUAGUAUUAAGAAAUGUAAUUAUUUAUUUAUUUUAAUGUAUAACAUAUUACCCGUUUAGUAAUUGUAAAAAUGUUAAUAAGAGCCAACAUUUGGUGGACGAGAUCCUUUGUCAAAAUGUCUCAAUAAUAUUUAUAAUUGUUAGUUUAUGUUAAUUAUUCUUGUUGUUGGCUUGGAUUUGAGUAAGUAUCCUGCUGUGGUGGAAGUUCUAGUUUGGACCAAGUCACAAUCGACCAUGGCUUUAUUAAUGACAGUAGCUUUUGGUAUAAUAAAAAAGUAUUUAUCCAACACUUGAUUUUGAAAUUUUUAUAUGAUUCAGUUUAGCACAAAUGACUUUUUCUUAAUUACUUAGUAUAAGACUACAGUUGAAAUUGACUUAAGCAAUAUUUAUAAGGGCACUGUUUCCUAUUUUUAUACUUAUGUUCUUAUUUGUAGACAUGAGACAAUUAAGAGGUUUUAAUCUAAUUGACUAGUUCUCUGAUCACCAAAUUUCCCUUAAAAGAAGAUGUCUUGGGUUUUACUUUUAACAGUGAAAUGGGCGGAUAAGAUUUUCUUGCAAGGUUUGUGAGUGUGAGUUUCAACUCUCUGAAAUGCUAAUUUAACAAUUAACUACUAACUUUCGCCGACAACAAAAAAAUGUACAUAAGACCUACUCGCUUAAAAAUAAAAAGGAAAAUAUCUCGUAGCUCAAAU